GGGGCGGGGUCGCUGCGCCCCCCGGCCCCGGUGGGUGAAUGGCUGCGGUGCUGCGGAGCGGGCGCAGCUUCUUCCUGCCCGCCCCGGGCCCGCGCGGCCUGCGCCCUGCCGGCUGCUGCUGCAGCGGCGCCGCCAUGCAGGAGCCCCCGCCCCUCGCCGCCCGGCCGGAGAGCCCGGGCCCCAGCGCAGCCCCGCGGGCGGCUGCGGGCUGGCUCGGGGCGCUGCGCUUCGAUAACCGGGCGCUGCGCUCGCUGCCGCUGGACCCGUCCGAGGAGAACGUGCCGCGGCAGGUGCCCGGCGCCUGCUUCUCGCGGGUGCGGCCCAGCCCGGUGCAGAGCCCGCGGCUGGUGGCCAUGUCGCUGCCCGCCCUGGCGCUGCUGGGCCUGGCGCCCCCCGCGGCCGGGGCGCUGGAGGAGCUGGAGGCCGAGGCCGCGCUGUACUUCAGCGGGAACCGGCUGCUGCCCGGCGCGGAGCCCGCCGCGCACUGCUACUGCGGGCACCAGUUCGGCAGCUUCGCCGGGCAGCUGGGCGACGGCGCGGCCACGUACCUGGGCGAGGUGCUGAGCCCGCGGGGCGAGCGCUGGGAGAUCCAGCUCAAGGGGGCCGGGCUCACCCCCUUCUCCCGACAAGCUGAUGGUCGAAAGGUCCUGCGGUCGAGUGUAAGAGAAUUCCUGUGUAGUGAGGCCAUGUUUCAUCUAGGUAUACCUACAACAAGGGCUGGAACCUGUGUAACAUCUGAUUCAAAAGUUGUUCGGGACAUAUUCUAUGAUGGAAAUCCAAAAAAUGAAAGAUGUACAAUUGUCCUGAGAAUAGCUUCCACGUUUAUAAGGUUUGGAUCUUUUGAGAUUUUUAAACCUACAGAUGAAUACACAAGACGCAAAGGUCCCAGUGUUAACAGAAAUGAUAUUCGAAUACAGAUGCUUAAUUAUGUGAUCAGCACUUUCUAUCCAGAAAUCCAGCAGGCUUACUCUGACAACAGUGUUCAGAGGAAUGCUGCUUUCUUCAGAGAGGUAACAAAGCGGACAGCAAGGAUGGUUGCUGAAUGGCAAUGUGUUGGAUUUUGCCAUGGUGUGCUGAAUACAGAUAAUAUGAGCAUAGUAGGACUUACUAUUGACUAUGGCCCUUUUGGGUUUAUGGACAGAUAUGACCCAGAACACAUUUGCAAUGGUUCAGAUAAUGCAGGGCGCUAUGCUUAUAACAAACAGCCAGAGAUCUGCAAGUGGAAUCUAGGGAAGCUUGCCGAAGCUUUAGUCCCAGAACUGCCCUUGGAGAUCAGUGAACUCAUUCUCAAAGAGGAGUAUGAUGCAGAAUUUGAGAGGCAUUAUUUGCAGAAGAUGAGGAAGAAGCUAGGUCUCAUUCAUUUGGAAUUAGAAGAUGAUGAUAAAUUGGUGUCUGAACUUCUAGAAACUAUGCAUCUCACAGGUGGAGACUUUACAAAUACUUUCCGUUUGCUGAGCUCUUUCUUGGGAGAUUUGGAUCCUCUAAAAUUGGAAGAUUUCCUGGAAAAGAUUGCCACGCAGUGUGCUUCCAUGGAAGAACUAAAAGUUGCUUUCAGGCCUCAGAUGGAUCCAAGACAACUUUCCAUGAUGUUAAUGUUGGCUCAGUCUAAUCCUCAACUGUUUGCAUUAAUUGGAACAAAAGCUAAUAUAAAUAAAGAAUUAGAACGCAUAGAACAGUUUUCUAAACUGCAGCAAUUAACAGCAGCUGACUUACUGAGUAAAAAUAAAAGACACUGGAAAGAAUGGCUGCAGAAAUACAGAGUACGAUUAGAAAAAGAGAUAGAAAGUGUUAGUAAUGCUGAUGUCUGGAAUGCUGAACGUGUGAAGAUUAUGAAUUCAAACAAUCCAAAAUAUAUCUUGAGAAAUUACAUUGCUCAGAAUGCCAUUGAAGCAGCUGAAAAUGGAGACUUCACAGAGGUAAGAGAGGUUUUGAAACGUUUGGAAAAUCCAUUUGCAGAGACAGAAGAUCUCACUGAGGUACAGGAAGAUCAAGAAGAGGAGGAAACAGUUGCCGCAGCUGCCACUUGUUCUCCUGUGACCAGCAGCAGACUUCCAUAUAGCAGUAAACCUCCACUCUGGGCUUCAGAACUCUGUGUUACGUGAUCUUCAUAAUGGCCUUGUUUUAUUUUUCACUAUAAACUGGAGAUGCUGUUGCUUCUUUAGUAGUGGAAAGUCAAACAAGGCAAAAUCAAAGUGCUGUUAAGUCAUUGAAACAGUUCAUUUGGAUGUAUCUGCAACCGCACCUUCAGCAGCAAUGCUUAUUUUGACACAAUCAUGGAUCAUAGGUUUAAUGGACCAACAACAAUCGACAGUCCAUGUACCUUGUUAGAUUAAUGUUUGGAGAGCUGAACAACUUUCUUUCUCCUCACCACAAUGUAAUUAGUGAUGUCUAGGUGUUGGCACACAGUGAUUUUUGAACAUCCAAAUGUAACUGUUUUUAUAUGAAGACAAAAAUAACAAAUCAGAAAUCUGAUAUAUUUUUGACUGAUGAUGAAUUAAUAGUACUUAUCCCCAAAAUGUGGUUAAUGCCUUUACUCUGCAGGGAUGUAUGAUCCUCUUUAAUGGAGGAGUAAGCUUAUCAUUGCUUAUGUGAAGCUAUGAUUCCUUUAACUGAGUAGUUCAUUUCUUGUGAACCUUCAAUUAACAUCAGUCUUUUAGAGAAUUGUUUUGCAGGCUGAGGUGGGGGGAAAAGCAACUGAGUAUAAUUUUUUAUAAUAUACAGUAUAGAAAUCAGAAUUGGGGGGGACUAUACUUAUUUGCACUCAGAAGUCCUAGCAGAAAAAUAUAUUUAGCUUUAACAUGUUUGUGUGUGGCGUGCGCGCGCACACACAAAUAUUUAUUAAAAUACUCAACUGCAACUUGUAAGUCAGUUGACCUAAACAAGAUCACUUUGCCAACUUAGCUUGUUCCAUAUAAACUACCCAGUACUUUAUAUAAGCGUUCAUUAUCUAUGAUUAUUUAUGCUGUUGACACAGUCCCUUGAACAUUAAACUGGCAGAUGUGUACUUGUUCAACAUUA